CCUACUUGGCGUGGCGGUUGACGACGCAACAAACUUUACAAUGGGAGAGUUUGAUAUCCCCUUGGGUCGGACGGUCGGUCGGCGGUUCGCUUUGCCGCACGUCGCAAAUCCUACGCGCGGACAUCGUCGUCGUCGUCGUCGUUCAACAAAACAGAGAGCGCGCGUACGUUCGCGUAUAGGUGCGCUACGUUUGUUUGUAGUGGAACCAGCCAGAGUGGUUCCACAUAUAUCUCGCUGUUCACUUUCAAUAAGCGUCUCAGUAGAGUUGGACGAACAUUUGCGAAACAAGCGCAUCGUAUAGUGGAGUGCUUUAUUUUUGCUGUGCAGACUGUGUUUUACUUUCAUACCACAGACAGAACAAUUUUGAAAAUUAAACUGUUAGAUAAAUUGCGGUUGAAACUAGUGUAUUCGAGUUCUGUUAUUUUUUUUGGUGGUGAAAACAGUAUUCAAGGAAACAAAAUACUUUUGCUACAAUAGCGGUGGAACAGUACAGCGCAAAAUCCUUGAAAGGCACAAGAACUGAAACCCAAGUCGUGCGUUCAUUCAACCGUGUGCAUGUAGAGUGAGGCAGAGUUUCUGCUGCAAAACCCCUGCAUUAAAUUGGCUUCAAUCCGGUAGCAGUAAAAGCCUCACCACGUUCUCCCUCAGGAUGGAUGUGUACUAUAUGAGCGAUAGUAUCCAGUAUGGAUCCUUCCGGAAUCCACUAUACCGGGACUAUGAGAAGUUCCCGUAUGGAACACUGGAGAACCCGCUCAAUAAUCCGCCCAAGAGCAGCCAGCAUCUGCAGCAGCAGCAACGGAACGGCGCCUACAGUGUGGCCCAAGAAAAAACGAAAUCAAAAUCCGCUAAGGAAUCGUGUCCCUUCUGCAAGGAGCAGAAGAAGCGACCACUUGGAGCGUACAUGCGAAAGCGUGACCAACGCAUCACCAGUGAAAGUAUCUCCGAAGACGCCGAGGAAUGCCACCAGGAGGAGGAGGAGCAGGGGAGUGGCACUGAAACGUCCCCAGCGGGAAGUCCCAGCAACACCGAGCUUGCCUCCCAUAACCACUACCAUCAUGGGCAAGUGCACCGCAAUGUGGUCAGUGGACGAUACACUCGCCAAGAGUCACAGGAAAGCGAUGGCAAAUGAGUAACCCCUGAACCGCAGGAUGGUUGCGGGUUGCCUGCCGCCACUAAAUAUCAAUGCAUUACUUUGUUUAUUCUUUUUGUCACACGUAUAUUUUACGCUAGUGUUAAUCCUAACAGUCCCCUAGCUUUAAGUGUUUAGCAUUAUUAUGGCAGAUAUUUUUUUAUCCUUCAGUGCAAGAUGCGAGACACGACACUAAUCCCAGUUUUUUUGCGUUCAGUUCUGGUACAACCGGAGUUGGUUUCGAGGGGCGAACCAAGCAUGGAAAAUUAAUCUAAAACAUUGUGCAGGAGAGAUACAUCGAAUGCGGUGUGAGAAAAAGACUGAUCUUUAUUAUCUUGCGAAUAAGGAAAGCAAAAUAAUCAAUCAAUGUUCGCAAAACAUCAGGAAUUAGUACCCAUUUUUGGGUAACCACACACAAAACACUGCUUGGAUGUGGCAUUUCUCGUUUUUUUUAUUUGUGGAGUUGAAACCAACUUAUAAAUAUAUUUGAUCUAAUCGUAUGCUCACAUAUGAAGGACGCCUUCUUGGCGGUUUGUGAAUGAAGGGGUCUCGGUAUUCAUGUACGGCUUUAUUUAAAACUAUGAACGUAUAUUUAUAUGAGUCUAUUAUAUGUGUAUAAUGUAAACGUAAAGAAAGCUUCGAUAUUGUAACAGAUAUAUGCAUGCUUGUUGAUAAUAAAA